AUGCAACCAGGCGGACAAAGUCUUGUUGAUCGGCUUUUAGCUGCUAAAAAUACAAUUGCUGGACAAGCUCUAGCAAAAAUUGUUUGUAAAGCAACAACAGAAGAAAUUAUGGGUCCAAAACGAAAACAUCUUGAUUUUCUUUUACAAGCAACAAAUGAAAUGAAUGUAUCAAUACCUCAAUUGGCUGAUUUAUUAAUUGAACGUACACAAAAUUCAUCAUGGGUUGUUUCAUUUAAAGCAUUAAUUACAAUACAUCAUUUAAUGUGUUUUGGAAAUGAACGUUUUGAAGCUUAUAUGGCUUCACAUAAUCAUAGACUUCAACCAGCUGCUUAUUUAGAUCGUAUGGGAAUGCCUGGUGGUGAUAUGUCGAAUUAUAUUCGACGUUAUGCAAGUUAUUUAAAUGAAAAACGAGAAUCUUAUAAAUUAAUGGGUUAUGAUUUUUGUAAAAUUAAACGAGGAAAAGAUGAUGGAGUUCUUCGAACGAUGCCUACUGAAAAAUUAUUAAAAGCAUUACCUAUUCUUCAAAAACAACUUGAUGCUUUACUUGAAUUUGAUGUUACACCUAAUGAACUAACAAAUGGUGUUAUAAAUAGUUGUUUUUUUCUUUUAAUCAAAGAUCUCAUACGUUUAUAUGCAGCUUUUAAUGAUGGAAUGAUUAAUUUACUUGAAAAAUAUUUUGACAUGAAUAAAAAACAAUGUCGCGAAGCAUUAGAUAUUUAUAAGAAAUUUCUUGAUCGAACAGAUAAAGUUUCAAAUUUUCUCAAAGUUGCUGAACGUUACGGUCAAUUAUUUGACCGAUCCUCUUGGAAAAAGACAUCGGGUAUGGAACGAAGUGAAAUUCCUGAUUUAUCACGAGCUCCAAGUAGUCUUUUGGAAGCAUUGGAAAAUCAUUUAGCACAUAUGGAAGGUAAAAAAUUAACAUCACAAACAUCAAUAUCAAGACAACAAACUGAACAAGAUUUAAAAAGUUUUUCACGUGAUUUUAUAUUUAAUGAUAGUGAUGAUCCACAGAAAAUUCUUGAAGAAGAAGCUAAAGCACUUGCACAAUUUAAUAAGAGUAAAGAUUCAUCUGCAUUUACACAACCAACAACAGCUAACAAUAAUUUUGGUGAUACAGAUUUCUUUUCUCAACAAACAUCAUCAAAUGGUCAACACACAAAAUCACAUACAACUGCACAACAACAACAAUUAUUAACAGAUGAUCUUUUUUCACUUGCUACACCACCAUCACAAACAUCAACAAAUACAUUUUUUAAUAAUAAUCAAAAUACUUUUCCUGUAUUUCAACCACAACAACCAUUCUCAAAUGUUCUUGAUACAUCAGCACCUAAAGCAGAAGCUCCUCCAUCAACUGAAACAUCGACAGUAACAAAUAUAUCUGAAGCAAACUUUUUCGAUGAUAUUCUUCAACCAACAUCAAUGUCAUCAAAUAAAAAUAUAUCAACAACACCCGUAUUUACUACUAAUCAAAACAUUCCAUCAACAACAAAACCACUUCAAUCAGGUGAUCUUAAUUCAUCUCUUAAUCAAUUAUUAGAAAAUCUUGAUAUGAAAGAUCGUUCGAAAAUUGGAAAAGAUCAUCAAUGGACACCAAGUGAUAGUAAAAAUCAACAAAAAAUUGGUAUCGGAGGUGGAACUAUGCAUAGUCCUGGCACAGUAUGGCCAAAUCAACCACCAAUGAUGGGUGGAUCAUUUGGUGGUAUGAAUGUUCAACAAAAUACAAUGUGGCAACAACCAGCAACUCAAACAUCAUCAACCAAUCCUUUUGCUGCUCCUACUGGUCAAUCGCAAAUGGGCUUUGGCAGUAUGGGACCUCGACCAACGGGUGCAGGUACAAAUCCAUUUGCUGCUCAACCAUCAUUUGGCGCUUCACCAUUUGGUCAACAACCAAAACAAAAUCAGCAGCAAGUUAAUGAUCCAUUUGGCAGUCUUUAA